AUGGCUCAGGAGACGAUGCCCCAGACCAUUCCGCCCCCGCACCGCGGCGGCCAUGUUCUCCACCUGCAAGCGCAGGAGACCCUGGGGACGUCCGACAUCCGUGCUUCCGUGAAGCGCCCGAACUCUGUGGAUGAGGACACGUGGAUUGCCUCCCAGAGCAAGGUCAUCUUUGAGGAAGCGGUUCGUGUGGUGAGCUUCAUCAGCGACAUCUGUACGGAUCACACGUGCCCAAUCAUGUCUGCAGGUGAGAAGGUGCACUACCACUGGGCGGAUGAAACAACCACUGUGCCAGAGCUCCUGCCCGCCCCGCAGUACAUGAGGCGCCUCGUGGAGUGGGCGGACGCGAAGCUGCUGGACAAGGACCUCCUUCCCUCCGAUGGCUCGCCCAUGCCGCCAGAGCUUCGGCCAGCACUGGCCCAGAUCCUCAGGCGCCUUUUCCGGGUGUACGCGCAUGCGUAUGUCCACCAUUUCCAGCUCAUCCACGACAGUGGCGCCGAGGCACACCUGAAUUGCAACUUCAAGCACUUCCUCUUCUUCGUGCUCGAGUUCAACCUCGUGUCCAUGGAUGAGAUGCUGCCUCUGGAUGGCCUCAUCCGGAAGUUUGCCGGAGAACUGAUCCAGUGA